AUGUGUCCAACUCCUAUCUCUUUUCCUUCUUUCCGAUUGGGAGAAGGGAGACUCUUGGUCUUGGUCUCUGCUGGCUUGGAAGUUGAAGCCUCUUCCGGUUCUACCCUCCACAGAACUGCUUCUAUGACAGAAAACGCUAUAGCAAGGUCUUACUUUGCACUCUUCCUCACUGACUCAAGGUUUGUUUCCGAUUUUCUAUUGUAUGCACACACCGUGCUUCCCUUACUCUGCCUUAGAUACAGAAGUAAUGUGUAUCCUUCAAUUCAAAGUACUACUGUUUGUAUUCUUUUUGUGUUGCUUUGGUUGGUCCCCAGAGAUAGAGUGCAUCCUCUUGAGCUAGAGACUGGACCAGGCAUGCCGGACUUAUACAUUUCUCUUAGGCCUCUCCUAAAGAUUGAGAUCUUAGACCUACUGUAUGCCAAAGUGCAUGCCAAAAAGUAA